AUGAAUAUAGAUUCUCCUAUGCUUGCAACAAAAGUGGACCGUUUGCUGCGGCUUGUGGCCUCCAAAGGGGUCCAAGCGCCAGGUCAAUUACAGCCAAUAACUAACGUAGUGGCGUUCUCUGGCGGCAUUGACUCGUCAUUAGUAGCUGCUUUGGUACAUCAAGUGUUUCCAGAAUCAAGUGCUGCAUGUAUUGGACGUUCUCCAGCUUUAGCUUCAGUGCAACUCGAACAAGCUCGAGAAAUUGCGUCUCAUAUUGGAAUUAGAUUAUGGGAAUGUCACACAAACGAAGUAAAAUUUGAAGACUACGUUGCGAAUCAAGGCAAAAGUUGCUAUUAUUGCAAGACAACAUUGUACUCGACACUGCAACAAGUGGCAGCAUUUGCGUGGGAUGAAUUGCAACAACAAACUGAAGCUCGAAUAAAACCUGUUUUAUAUAAUGGGACAAAUGCUGAUGAUCUGCUUGAUCCUACCAGAAUUGGAUUGGUUGCAGCAACAGAGUUUCAAGUAGUAAGUCCGCUUUGCGAACUUACUAAAAGCGAGGUGCGAGAUGUAGCGAAAUACUUGGGAUUGCCGAAUUGGAAUGCAGCGGCAUCACCUUGUUUAAGGUCAAGAUUGGAGUUUGGAGUGAAAGCGACAAAGGAACAUCUGCGGCGAGUUGAGAAAGCUGAGCACGUUAUUCGAAAAUUACUGAAUCUGAAAUCGCAUCGAAGCAUGCGUGUGCGAUUUCUUGCACGUAAUAAAGCUGCUGUUGAGCUUGAUGCCGAAGCGUUAGAAAUGUCAAAAAGUCAUCUUGACGUCAUUGAUGCAGAGCUUCGUAGACUUGAGUUUGAUGCUGUGGAAGUCCGUGCGUUUCGGUCAGGUAGUUUGAGCGGGUACAAUGUAGAAAAAGAAAAUGUCGUACGUCACAAGUAG